AUUCGCCAUUCGAAACCCGUUCGACGCAGUCGCAUUUUCGAACAUAGUACCGAAAGAGCAGCAACGUGCAUUACUACCAACAAGAGAACAAAAUACAUUCGCGUGGCUGCCGAUAUUCCUCGAUAGUCAAUUUUAAUAAUCCAAGUGUAAAUCUCAUUUCGAAGUAUGAAGUGCGGAAGAAUUUCGUGGACAUGGUUAUCCUUUCUAUCUUUAACAAGCUUUUACGUGUUAAUACAAGCGACCGAACUAGACCCGAUGGCCACAAGGAAGAUACUUCCAGUGUACGCGGUUCUGGAAAAUGCUGAUCUUCUAAAUUCCAGCAGAUGUCGAACGGAGAUAGAUGAAUUUCGGAAUGCAGUGGAUAACCAGAUACUUUGGGCUCUAAGAGCAUUGGAUACCAGUGGCGUACCAUCCGGAGGAUUUGUCGUCGGGAACAACCAUUGGUUAGGAGACCGAAUAGGUUGCAAGCUUUUCUCUGAAAAUCGCACGGUAUUUCUAUCGGAGAAAAUACGAAAGAACAAUUCCAUAUACCGGAACCCGAAUGAAGAGUAUUCACCUUUUGAGUUUCGUUUUUUUAUUGCACGUGCGCGGCACAAUAGCACUGUGCAAUAUCAUAUAGAAAUAGAAGACGAAGAUUUGAUCACGCUUGGACUUUGCUUACCGGCAUCCUGCAGCAUAGGCGAUGUUACCACUAUGCUCGAUAAAGUAUUUCGUAAUGAGACACUUUUCAUUGGAAAACUUUUUAAUAUACACCUCAAGCUGAUCGAAGUCUCCGAUUUGGUGGAUGAUCGUCAAUGGCUACUCUCUGCGAAAAUGAUCUGCAUCAUAGGAGUUUUGCUAUCGUUGUGUGUUACCGUAAUAGCGGCCACAGUUUACGACUUUUUCGUAUAUCGAAAGCGUUUGAAUAACAAAAGGGGAAAGCUUAUGUCCGAAAGUAACAACGCGAUAGGUAAGCCAUUGAACAACGGAAUAGAUGAGAAAUGCGGACCCAACUACGAGAAACCGGCACCCCCCGAGUCGAGGCAGCAGCAUCCUAUCAGCCAACAUCUUCUGUGUUUUUCAUUUCUCACCAAUGUAGAGGAAAUAUUUAAACCGGAAAAGGGUGGUAAUAAUCUGCGAGUAUUCUACGGCUUGAGAACGUUGACAAUAGUAUGGAUUAUUAUGGGGCACAUAUUGAUCUACGCAUUUCAUGUUUUGAGUAACAAAUGGCUUGUAUUUACAAUGGCUGAAACUUUACUCCUUCAAAUCAUAAGCAACUUCACAUUAUCGGUGGAUGCAUUUUUCUUUAUGAGUGGUUUUCUGUUAUCACAUUCAUUUCUUAAGGAACGGCGAAAAUAUCAGGGAAUUCCGCCUAUAGCAAAGAGGAUAAACGAAUUUUUUCAAAAGAUUGUCAAACGAUAUAUAAGGCUUACACCUGCAUAUUUCGUCGUUAUAUUAAUCGCGAUACUGAAUUUUACCUGGCAUCAUCAUGUCUCAGAGCUUCUUCCCGUUGAGCAUCCAAAUGAUAAGUGUUCCAAAUAUUGGUGGACUAACAUACUUUACAUCAACAACUUCUAUAGAUGGGAUGAGCUAUGUCUCACAUGGAGUUGGUACCUGCCCAAUGAUAUGCAGUUCUUCGUAUUUGGAAGCUUUCUUCUAACUUUAUCGAUCACGCAUUACAAUAUUGCUGUGGGUAUAGGUGUUGUUGCACUAGUUUCAUCGAUAGGAUCACUAGUUUACACGGGGUACACUCUGAAUUACCAUCCUACGUUGGACGAACAAUAUAAGACACUGACAUACUUUUAUAUACGACCGUGGUGUAGAAUACCGCCAUACCUCAUAGGAAUGGCCACAUGUCACCUUCUUACAAAAUGGAAUUUCAAAUUGCACUUAUCAAAAAAAAGCUUAAUCGUUGGUUGGUCCUUUGCAAUAUUAUGUAAUUGUUCGAUUCUCUUCGGACUCGCGAACAAGAAUAUAUCCUUAGGCCUCUCCGUUCUUUAUUUGGCCCUCAGUAGAACAUGCUGGGCAUUAGGUAUCGCCUGGCUCGUAGUUGCAUGCACUACGAAUAAUGGCGGUAUCGUGAACAAAAUCUUAUCGCUGGAUAUUUUCGUCCCUUUCAGUAAAUUAACGUAUGGCGUUUAUCUCAUAAAUUGUAUUAUUAUUCUUUCGUUAUAUUCGUUAGAUAAUUAUUCUCUCUUUCUCUAUUACACCAAUAUUACCUAUACUGCCAUUACAGUGAUUAUUUGUAGUUUCAUUGCCGCUAUUGUUCUGUCCGCAACAGUAGAAAUGCCGUUUAUAUCACUCGUCCGAUUGUACAAUAAUCCGCCAAGUAUGAAAUAAACAUAUACUAAUACAUAUUUCUAAGCCGCUCAGUUAAUAAACUGAUGAAAUUUCUCUCUCGAUAUAUGCUCUUUGUCUGUCUGUUUGUCUCUCUCCCUCAAUCUUGAAACAUUUCUAUUUAUUAUG